GUUGCAUCACUUGCAUGAAACAUAAUCUUUAGAUAUUAAACAAGUUUCUUUCAAGAUUCUGAUUCUCUCCAGAAAAAUGCAGUUUCUUCGACUUCUUUCACUUCUUCUUUCUUCCCACUUAUUCUUCUUCAUUAGCUUCUCCUCGUCGCUAAAUCCCGAUGGUUUAUCACUUCUUGCUCUCAAAUCCGCCAUCUUUAAAGACCCGACACGUGUGAUGACUUCCUGGUCGGAAUCCGACCCGACUCCGUGUCACUGGCCUGGAAUCAUCUGCACUCACGGCCGAGUCACCUCACUCAUUCUCUCCGGAAGAAGGCUAUCGGGUUACAUACCCUCCGAACUCGGUCUACUCAACUCACUCCUAAAACUCGACCUUUCUCGCAACAAUUUCUCAAAACCAGUUCCCACUCGUCUCUUCAACGCCGUUAAUCUCCGUUACAUUGAUCUCUCUCACAACUCAAUCUCCGGCCAAAUUCCGACACAAAUCAGAGACCUCAAGAAUCUCACUCACAUUGAUUUCUCCUCUAAUCUCCUUAACGGGUCACUCCCUGAGUCACUCACUCUACUCGGAAGCUUAGUCGGCACACUCAAUCUCUCUUACAACAGAUUCUCCGGCGAAAUUCCACCGUCGUAUGGACGGUUUCCGGUUUUCGUCAGCUUAGAUCUCGGCCACAAUAAUCUCACCGGAAAAAUACCUCAGAUUGGCUCUCUCUUAAACCAAGGACCAACCGCGUUCGCCGGUAACUCUGAUCUCUGUGGUUUCCCAUUACAAAAGCUAUGUAAAGAAGAAACUACAAAUCCUAAGCUCGUCGCUCCAAAACCAGAAGGCUCACAAAUCCUCCCGAAGAGACCAAACCCUAGCUUCAUCGACAAGGACGGAAGAAAGAAUAAAUCGAUCACCGGAUCAGUAACGGUAUCUCUCAUCUCCGGAGUCUCUAUCGUAAUCGGAGCUGUUUCUAUCUCCGUAUGGUUGAUUCGGAGAAAAUUGAGCUCCGCCGAGAGCAAAUCGGAGAAAAAGAACACGGCGGCGCCGUUGGAUGAUGCGGAGGAGCAGGAAGGUAAAUUCGUGGUGAUGGACGAAGGAUUCGAGCUCGAGCUCGAGGAUUUGCUGAGAGCAUCGGCUUUCGUCGUUGGAAAGAGCAGAAGUGGGAUUGUGUACAGAGUAGUGGCCGGAAUGGGAUCAGGUACAGUGGCGGCUACGUUUACGUCAUCCACCGUCGUUGCUGUAAGAAGGUUGAGCGACGGAGACGCCACGUGGCGGCGGAAGGAUUUCGAAAAUGAAGUUGAAGCUAUAGGUAGAGUCCAACAUCCAAAUAUCGUACGGCUAAGAGCUUAUUACUAUGCUGAAGAUGAGAGGCUCUUGAUCACUGAUUACUUACGCAACGGGAGCUUGUACUCUGCCUUACAUGGUGGACCUUCGAAUACUCUGCCUUCACUCUCUUGGCCUGAGAGGUUACUUAUUGCACAAGGAACCGCUCGCGGCUUGAUGUAUAUACAUGAGUACAGCCCGAGAAAGUACGUUCAUGGCAACCUGAAAUCAACUAAAAUCCUGCUCGAUGACGAAUUACAGCCUCGCAUCUCAGGCUUUGGUCUUACACGUUUGGUGUCAGGUUACUCCAAACUCACCUGUUCGCUAUCCGCCAUAAGGCAAAGCUUAGACCAAACCUACUUAACCCCUGCUACAACGGUGACAAGAAUCACAGCUCCCUCUGUUGCUUACCUUGCACCUGAGGCUCGAGCUUCUUCUGGUUGCAAAUUAUCUCAGAAGUGUGAUGUCUAUUCGUUUGGGGUUGUCCUAAUGGAGUUGCUGACUGGACGUUUGCCCAAUGCUUCCUAUAAAAACAAUGGCGAAGAACUCGUGCAUGUUGUGAGGAACUGGUUCAAAGAAGAGAAGCCGUUGGCUGAGAUUUUAGACCCGGAGAUUCUGAACAAAGGUCACCCAGAUAAGCAAGUUAUUGCAGCUAUUCAUGUUGCCUUGAACUGCACGGAAAUGGAUCCAGAGGUUCGUCCGAGGAUGAGAUCAGUGUCUGAGAGUCUCGGCCGAAUCAAAUCGGUCUGAGCUCGUUUCGAGGUAACUCAGAAAGUAAGUUCAAAUUUUUGCAUUUCCGUCGAGUGUAAAAUUCAUGCACCAUCAUGCUUUGCUUCUCUAUGAGUGAGUAAUAUCUUUUUGGCAUGUUGUAGGGUUUAGGGAUCCUGAUCAUCAUGUAGUCACUCUCCUUUGUUGUACAUUUGUAAUAGAUGAAGGACAGUACU